AUGAGUAGAGAAAAUGCAAUCUAAUAUCGAUCUCCAUAAUAAAUACCAUCUUCGAAGAAACCAAACAUAGAAAAUUUUCCACCCCAAAGAAAUACUAAUGAAUUUAUUAAAUAGAUGAAAAAAAGAGUAGAUCAAGCUCCUCUAAGUGUUAUGACCUAAAAUUCUUAAAUUAAGGAUGCACAAUCCAUUUUCAUUGAUAUGUCAAGGAUUGAAUAAUAAUCCAGCAACUCAAAUAACAGUUUUUAUCACCCCUUAAAAUAACCAGUAUUGCCAUAAUGCCAUAGGUCAAAUCAACCUUCUAAUUGCACUACAUAACGAACAAAUAGGUAUGAUAUGCAGAGGAAUAGUAAACCUUAUUUAGAUUAAAGUGAAAAUAUGGGAUUGCUGUUGGUUUAAUAACAAAUGUUAUCUUUGUAAAAUGAGAACAUGAUUUUAAAAUAACAAUUAGAAAAACAAGAAAGUUAAAGAUUACUGUUUUAAUAGUAAUUGCUUUAACAAUUCUAGACUUAGCAAUAACAACAAUAGCAACAACCCAUUGUUAUAAAUAAUAAUAUAACGUCCUCUGAAAAGCAAUAAUAAUAAUCAAAGUCUAUUCCUCCUCAACAGUAUUAGGAUGAAACAAAGUCUCCACCUAAAAGAAUUUAGGGUAAAAAAUAGCAAUCUCAAGGUAUUUAGACUGAUAAAUCAGUUUAAGAUUAAUCAAUCAUCACCAUAAACGAAUCCUUUUAAAAUGAAUCUUUGUGUAAUAAAUCAAAAUAAAUUAUUUCAUAAUAAUCAUUAAUCAGACCUCCUUAGUAAUAAAAAUAAAGUAUGGAGUCUUUAACAUUUGGUACUUAACUAUCUUAAAGAAAUCUAAUUUCUUAAUAAUCAUAAUAAUAAUUAUAGAUCUAAACUUAUAAUUCCUAAAGUAAAAAUUAAAGCUUUCAAUAAAUUAAUUAAGAUUCUAUUGAAUUAUAAAGAGAAAACACAUAGAAAGAUUGUUAAAUUCAAAAUAGAAAUGAUACUUCAAGAAAACAUUCUUAAUUUGAUAUCAUUAAUUCAUCUGCUUAAUAAGAUCAAAGUUAUAUUGUACAUAAUCCAGAAAUACCCAAAAAAUCACAGCCAAGUGUAAAAUUAGAAUUUAAUUUUGAUGAAGGAACAAAUAAUGGGUCGAAUAAAAAAUGUCUAGCUGAUUAUAGAUUAAUAUUUUAUAGAAUCUAUUGUAUUUCACUUAAAGAAAGAAAACAAAUAAUUUUGAAAGGAGAGUCUCAGUCCAAGCCCCUAUAUAAGAGGAAGAUUAGAGCUGGAUUGUGA